GAGUGAACAAGAAUUGUAAGCACGUGUGCUAUUCGGGAAUAUAAUUUUCAUGUUCCAUCUGCUGUGUCUGACAAAAGAUCGCUUAAUACCUACCAAAACCAAUAUUAUUUAUUCAAAUUUCUGGAAAGCAUUCGAGGAAGAAGACAACGCAAAGGCAACAUGGAUAACAUGGACGAAUGCCAUAAUGAAAACGACCCGAGCAAGAUCCCAAAGGAACCCUCUGUGGACAUCAGUGAUAAAUGCUCGAUUUGCAAGGGUCCAAAGGCAGAUCCAGUGUCCGCAAAAUGCGGCCAUUCGUUCUGCUGUGCCUGCAUCAACGAGUACUUAUUAUCCACUCGUUCAAAUGGCAAGCGCCGCUGUCCAGUGUGUGGCAUUGAAAUGGAAGCUCAUGUUCCCGGAUACGAAAAACAGCCUAAAUCAGAUGAUCAUGGCAACGGCAAUAAUGUCAACUGUUCCAUUUGCCGCAAUCCGCAUAAGGAAGUGGUCGCCACACACUGCGACCAAUUGUUCUGUUUUGUGUGCUUUACAGAAUUGUUUGUUGUUAAAAAGGCAACGUAACGGAGGCUAAAAGAUAAACCAGAUGCAAAUUAGGUACUUACCUAAUAAAUACAUUUCAUAUAAAUU